AUGUAUGUUCUAGCAGGUGGCACAACUCCAGCGGGUGGAACAACACCAGCAGGAGGAACAACACCAGCAGGUGGAACAACACCAGCGGGAGGAACAACACCAGCGGGUGGCACAACACCAGCGGGAGGAACAACACCAGCGGGUGGAACAACCCCAGCAGGUGGAACAACACCAGCAGGAGGAACAACACCAGCAGGAGGAACAACACCAGCAGGUGGAACAACACCAGCAGGAGGAACAACACCAGCAGGAGGAACAACACCAGCAGGAGGAACAACACCAGCAGGAGGAACAACACCAGCAGCCUCACCUAGGUCGGUGUUAGACGAAGUUCAAGACUUGGCAAACGAAAUGAACAAUGCCGUAGCCGAUGCGGAAAAGAACCGCCGCCGUCGUGAUCUUCGGCAAAAGAGGCAGGGCACCACCACCACCAUAAAUAUCGAAGUGAUCGUCAAAAUCAGCGUAGAGAUUACGAGCUGGCUGGUUGACAUCGAGAGAAUUACUGACAGUGAUAGAGAAUUCAUCCAGUCUACCACGACGGCAGUUAAGCAAAUACGAAGCGAAAUACAAGCAGGAAGUACACUUUCUGUGUCUGCCAUAAAGAUUAUCAAAACAACUACAAAGAAAUCGGUUCGCCUUGCUAGCAAGCUCAUCAGGGUUGUGGAAAGAGAAGAAAAACAGGAACAACUCUCAGUAAAGAAAGAGCUGAUAACAAAGGUUCAGCAGUCGGUCACAGAAAUCCAAUCAUCAAUGAGUACACUGCAACAAUCACUAGCACAGGCAGGCUCAGCCGGGGCAGGUGGUAUUACCAGCAGCGCGAGUGUUAUUGAAAACAUAUCAAUAAUCUUGAAGGCCAUCAUAAAGUCUGGCCUUGGUGCCAUCACCAGCACCUCUGCCGCAUCUCUUGCUACUUUCGAGGCAGAACUUCAGGCACUUCUUUCUCAAGUUCAGAGCGGCACCGUCACCUUCACUUCUGAAGAAAUCACUCUCGUUGAGACAACACAAUCGCAAAUUACAACAGCAACUACGAAAAUUACAGCAGCACAAGAGAAGAAUAAGGCUAUGGAGUCUUCCCAGACACAAGCAGUUCUUCUUGACAGUUUAUCAACUGCCACAUCUAUUGUUAAGGAACAAAUUGAUCUACUAACAUCAGCCAUGAAUUCAGUCACUGAAGGAACGGCUUCCGUAUCAGUAACGAUAACAACAACCCUUAUUACUUUAUUGAUUAAUCUACAAACAUCUAUUGAAUCUGUUACUGAAGCACAAAUUCAGGAAAUCAAGGCAUUUGAAGAAGAAGCUAGAUCAAUCCUCCAAAAUGAAGCCUUUACAAUAACAAAUUUCCCACAACUUGUAUCUGCAAACAACAAGCUAUCUGCAAUAGUGAAUACUAAAAUUGAAGAAACACUCUCACGUGCUGCCAUUAGUGAAUCUCUUGACAUAUUCUACGAGGUUUCAUUCUUCGUAUUUUCUCUAGUCGAAAUUGCAGAAGAAAUUCAGACUAUAACCUCAUCAAGCACCUCUACACAGAGUAAUACAGUCAUUACAAACACUCUAACUUUCAUUCAAAAUAUCAAAAUAAAUAGCCUAACCACAGAAGAUAUAACCAAACUAGAAAGUUUAUAUGAUGCUAUGAGUACACUUGUCGACUCGGUAGAUUCGUCAGUUGGAUUUACUGGUAUUGAUGAUAUUAUAAAUGAGGGAAGUCAAAUAGAUAUCAAGUUGUUUGAAAGAAUAGAUGAAUAUGAAUCCAAAGAGGAAACUAUUACAGUGAUCACUCUGUUUGAGAAAAUGAGUACAAUUGCCUCUUCCACAGAGAAAGCUACAGCGCUUUUGAAGAGUAAAGUUUCAAGUAGCUCAAGCUCAGUAAUAGAUGCAUCUCUGGAGGCUGUGAUUCAGGAUCUGCAAGUGCUUAUGGACAAGUUCUCCUCAAAGACAUAUGCACCAAACGAUGUAGACAUAUUACAAGCAGAAAAUAGUCUUGCUAUGUUUGAAAGUAAAGUAGAAUCAGUAUCAGUAAUUAAGGGCAGUGCUGCCCUGGAUAAACUGAUUACCACAACAAAGAAAGCUGUUUCAACUACAGCAAAAUCACUGAGCACAUUACAAGAAUCUGCCAAGAACAAGGAGAAGAUUGAGAUCCUUUUAGGAGCAGAAUAUAUAGUCAGUGAAAUCUAUUUUGUCAUACAAGGUCUAAGUUCAGGAAUAGACGAAGGGGAUAUUUUAGAAUCUAAUAUCUUCAUCGAAGACAUUCAGACAGAACUUAAUAGGUGGAGUGCGAGUAUUACCAACAUCAAAUUAUCUUCAAUCUCCAUAAUGGAAGGUUUACUUGAAACCAUCUCUGAUUUAUCAGGUGCCUAUGCUGGCAUUGACACUCUACUCCAAACUUUGACAUCAGUGCAGACUAGAUUAGGUGAACAAAUUACGACCAUUGAGGAGGCUGAUGCAAAUGGCGACUUAACAGUGAAAAUAUAUAAUGCACUUGAUAUAAUAGUUUAUGUCAUUGAUCUUUUGAAAGAACUGAACCAACUAACUGCGGGAGGUACAGUGGUUACUGAAUCAUCUGCUGUUAGCAACAUAGUUACCACAAUUACUUCUCUAAGCAAAAGUGUGACAAACAUCUCCUCUGAUGACAUGGAAACUCUUGAAGCCAAUUUGAUAACUUUGGAAGAAUUUGUUCUAGAUUUUGAAGUCGGUAGUGACAUACAAAUUGCAGAUUUGGUUCAGGCUAUUACAGAGGUUAGUCGUGUGGAACAAAUAUUUGUGAGAGAAGUGAAUAAAAUUGAACUGUCUUUCAGCAAGCUAAGUAUAUAUGAGACCAUUCUGAUAACCAUUAUAGAUAUAAAUUCCUACCUGCAGGAGUUGUUUGAUAUAAACUCUGGAGUGGAGGAGGGUUCGGAUGUACAGAAAAAUUUUGUCCUUGAUGAAUAUUAUGAGGUUAUCUCAUUCUUGAUUGGCAAAGCAAGUUCAUUAACAGAAGCUGACAUCAAUACACUUAAUGUAUUCUUGGAUGAAAUAAGUAGUGUUGCAGUUGAAGCUGAUGGAACGUUGAUUAUCAGUGGCUAUAUAUAUAGCAUUCAACAGAUUUCCCAGCAGGUUACCAUGUUUACAGAAAAGAUUGAUGAAACUAUUGAAACAGAGCAAGAGCAACAAAAUCUUGUUCAGAAUCUUAUAUUUGGAGAUGAUUUAUUAUCCAUUCUUAUUAGAAUCUUCUUUGCCUUCGAAAGUAUGGAACUGAUUACUACAGUUUCAACUACGACACAAUUCAACACGGAGAACUUUGUGGCAGCCAUGACCCAAAUUAGCAACAAUGUUACGUCGGUAAGUAUCCAAGAUAUUGAUGCAUUUGCCUUCCAACUUGAGAAAAUUAUUGCAGCAAACGAAAGGCUCGAAAACUUUGAAGAGCUUAAACUUGUCACCAAACAAGCGGAAGAUUCUGUGCAAACUUAUUUAUCUGAGUCCAGAGAAAUUUACGAAAUAACAAUCAACAUUCGUCAUGCAAGUGCUGUUAUUGAAGCAGUAGAUACAUUGCUUGUUGACUCGAUGACAUUCAUUCAAAAUGCUGAAGCAUCUAAGCUUAUUGGAGAAAAUGAUCCUGAUGUUGAUUUCUUGAUUGACUUUUUCAAACGCAUAUCUGCAAAUGUAGACUCAGUUACAGAAGAGGAUAUAUUUGAAGCAACAGAAAUUUUCUUAACAAUACAGGCAACACUCGAUAUGCUUGGUCCAGAUGAAGGGAUUGGAAAUCUUGUAGACUUUAUGGCUGCUGCUCAGGAGGCCAUUGAUAGUGCUAAUAGGCGUCUUUAUGAGCAGCAGGAUAGAUUUUUGCUGAUUGAGGAAUUAGGUUCCUUCGAACUUAUUCUUAAUGUUGUAUCACAAAUCACCUAUGAAGUAGUGGAAAUCAUUUCAAUGAUUGGAACAAUAACUUCAGUAGGGGAGGAAAAUGAGCUGGUCACUUCCAUUGUCAUUCUAUUGGAAAGCCUUUCUAGUUCGCCGUCGUCAACCAUAGAUACUGUACUACUUGAGAGCAUGUUGGAGGACUUGGAAGUGCUGAAAAGUUCUGUCACUGCUGGAGUCGAAAUCCCCAGUAUAUUCUAUUUGCAGUCUGUAUCACAGAAAGCUAUGUCUGUGCUGCAAUCUGAGAUCCAAUUUCGUGUGUCAGCUCAAGAGGCACAGAGUCAAAUUGAUCAAUUAACUCAAUCUGUCACAUCUCUCAACAUAAUUGAAGAAGAACUGGUAUUUGCUUUGGAAUUUUUCGGCAGUACAGAACAGUCGGAAUCUACAACUAUGCCAUUUAUUAUUGAAGACUUGAACUAUGUGCUAAAUACUAUUCUCUUUGGGGAACUUACUGCUGAUUUAGCUGGGGAUCUUGAGUUUUUCCAGGAAGAAAUAUUUUUCCUCUAUGAUGAAGAUGAAGUUGAUGUUAGUAUGAUUGCUAAUACCUUAGAAACACUUACAUCUGUGAAGAGACGUAUAGAAACAUCUCUGAAGGAUACUAGACGCAUUUCAGAGGAACGCAGUACUGCGAGCAGACUUAAUAAAGCCAAGAAAAUUGUCUCAGAGAUGGAGGAGAUUUUCGAUACUUUUGUAUCAGAAAUUGGAAAUGCAAAUGAGGAAAUCGAAAUUGCAGAAAUUGCAGAUGUAACCAAUAUCUUCACUGAUAUUAACACUGGAGUCAUUAUUUCCCUGGAUAUUGUCAUAAGAUUAGAAGAAAUAUUAAUAUUCCUAAAGAAUACAACAGUCAGUACUGGAAUGGGAAUAAUUGGCCUAGAGGAUGCAAGAACACUUGUUGUUCUUGUGCAAGAAACCGUGGAAAUGGAAAUUUCACACAUUCAGAUUUCAAUUGAUCGUGCUGUAAAGACUGUCACAUUUAACAAAGGAUCUUCUCUUCUCCGAAGAAUAAUUCAUACUGCUUCUGAGUUAAGUAUUGGUUAUGAACUUGCUACAUCAGAGGAAAGGGAUGAAACCGUUGAUGAGCUCAUUGUUUUCAUUGAAAGUUUAUCCAUAGAAUCUCUAACCAUGGAACAGAUCAUAAUACUUCAAGAGAGUACCUUAAUGUUUGAAGAAUUAAGUGAAACUGGAACUGCCAUUGCAGGUCUUAGAAAGUUACAGUCAUUUGCCUCCGUCAGACUUGAAGAAGCUACAAACAGCAAAAAUGUGCUCUCAGGUCUGAGUGAGGAAAGUGAAUCUCUGAAGGCACUGGAUAGAACGGAAGCAGUACUUCUGAAGAUACAAGAGACACUAUUGAAUAUAUCUGCAAGCAUCAAUGAAGAUAAUGAGCCAGUUGACAGAAUGAUGGAAUUGAGUGACAUACUUAUGAUGGACAUUAUGAUGCUUACUGAAUCUGUCAUACGAUUGGAAGAAAUUUAUAAAAACAUAGAAAUAAUAGGAGCUACUUUUGUUGGAAGCCUUGAGAUGACCGAGGAAAUCAUUAGUUCCAUUACAUUCACUGUAACUAGUAUUUCUAUUGAGAGGGCUCAUUUAGAAUCUCGAAUAGAGAGACUGGCACUGACAGAAACUCUGCUGGAGGCUGGAAGUCUGUUUAUAAAAAUCUCUGACGUCCUAGAGAAUAUUACUGCUGAAAUUGGUGAUGAAACACAAGAGAGUGAAGAAAAUGAGCUAAUCAAGAUGUUUGGCGAAGAGUUGUCCGCCUUGAGUUUAAGUGUUGUAAGUUUGAGAAGAGAUACACUUUUGUUCUUUGAAGAUGUUCUUCAGGAACUUGAGAUGAUACUGAUGAGAAAAACUAAUGUUAAAGGCAUUUUGAAGGUAAUGAAUGAACUCCGAGUUGUUUCAUCUAAGAUUGCCCUUGAAAUUGAGGCUUCCCAGGCAGAACAGCGAAGAGAAGUAUCACUUAUGAUAAACAGAAGAGCAGAAGAAAGUGUUGCCAGUGCUCUGGAUCUGUUUACUGACCUUUCAGACUUUAUUGGGAUACCUGACGUUGAUGCAGAGCCAGUUGAAAUUUUGGAGGUAGAGAGAAUUUUAAUGAUUCUUUCGAUAAUUGAAGAUGGUCAAGCUUCUGAAGAAGAUCUCGACCAACUCGGUAGAUAUUUAAUGACAUUGGAGUUCAAGUUUGGAAUAUUUGAAGAUGGAAUGAUGAUAAGAAAUCUCAUGGAGGUGAUAAUGACCAGUCAGGAUUUAAUAGACACAUUAAUGGUCAGAAAUAUCGAUAGUGCUUUUGAUGUAGAAUACUCACAACAUAUCUUUACUCAGAAGCAGAUCCAGGCAUUACUAUCAAUGGUAAUCAUCCAACUGGAAGUUCUGCAUAAAACAGGAAAUGGCAUCCCUGUCGCUAUCUUUGAAAGUCUCUCGAUGCUGAUAGAAAAAGCUGGUUCAGAAGACUCUUUUGAAUUUGUAACAUCCUUUGAGAUGGCUGUUACAGAACUCAUGGAACUCAAUGUAACAAAUACCGAUGACACAAUUGUCAUGACAGGGUUGAAUCUCCUCCAGAGAGCCAGAUCAGUUGAAUUUUCUUUGUCUCAGAAGAUUUCAAGGUCAUAUGUAAUUGAAACUACUACAGCACAAGUGUUCUCGCUAGAAGAAUCUCUAUCUCUACUGGAAAAGAUGAUGAGAUCAGUAAAACAAGUAAAAAAUAACAUGAAUCCUGAUGGAACAUCAGUAAAUAUCCUUGCACUUGGGGAAAUCAUCCUUUUCAUACAAAAUACAUUUGAAUUUACUGCAGGAGAAAUUGCUCUUUUGCGCGAGUAUGAACAUAUCCUCAUGCUACUUGAAGAAGAGGCAGGUGACAUGUUCAUUGAAGGCCUGGACGAACUCAUGUUUGAACUGAAAUACCAGGUGUCACAUGUGUCCAUGACAUUGGCAGAAGUUCAGCGUACACAGAUGUUGGAGAAACAAAUAAUUUACACAACUGCUGGUAAUGAGGUAAUUACAGAAGCUUAUAACAAAAUAUCAAUAUUUGGCAGACCCAUGUCUGGGGAAAUUAUUCAAGUUAAUGAAGUGACCAGCUUCAGUCUAAUGUUAAAUGCAGUUGAUCUGACGUCCAUUACUCCUGUUGAAAUUCAUCAUAUCCAUACCAGGUUUGAAAACCUCAUGGAAAUUAUUGCAAUUGAAACUUCAGAGAUUGCUUACUUACCAAGGAUUGUCAACCAGCUUGCACUUCUUACCUAUAAAACAUCACAACAUCUGCAAUUCCAAGAAAGCUUAGAAAAUAUCCGCACAGUGUCAGGUGCAUUUGAAUCCUCCCGGGCGGCAAUAACCACGGCAUCGACAGCAUUGUUUGCUCUUCAGGAGGAAGUGGGAGCAGUGACCACUUACGAAACCAAUGAUAUGAUAACACAGCUUUAUGAAUAUCUUCUUUUCUUGACAUUCUGACUGGCGUUUGAUCCCAGCAGACUUCAGUGAAGUAGUAGAAUCAUUUGGUAUUUCCGAAAUUACUGUAACUUCUGGAACUAGUUUUGCCUACUUGAAGGAGACAAUUGACCUGUUAGAGUUAUAUUCCCAU